CUUACAUUGCGUCCGGUCAGCUUGAAGCGGCCUUUCCAGUAUUUCGCUUCAGCUGGUAGUCAUCAUCUUGGUCUGGAGAUUGCCAGACAACAAAUUGAGUGAAUCCCAGUCUGAGACUGCAGGAUGAACCCUGCCCGGGUGCCUACUUCAGCUGUCAUGCAACAAGACAUGCCACCAGGGACGGAUACCAGUGCAGGAAUAGGUCGCACUAAUAGCGGACUUCUCCAUGGGAUUAACGACCUUUCGAUAGUCGCUAGCAGCAGCAGAUCGGAGUGGCGUCGAGACGAGCACGGGCGAUUCAUGCAAGCGCUGGAGCUCUACGGUUCACGACGGACAGGAGACGAGUGGAGACUUAUCGCAGCUUUCGUGGGUUCACGCACCAUUGAGGAAGUGCGUUUGCACGGACGGCUAUAUCUUCAGCGACUAAUUCAGUCGCUGCCAUCAUCUCCCGAAGCGACGAGUUCUAGGCGCUACCUAUUCAGCGCAGGCAGCCAGAAUGACCCAAACCGACAGAACUACCAGGUAUCCAGAGUUCAGAGCGGCAAAAGGCUUGUUUCAGUUCCGACCGGGGGUAGCAGUGCCUUAAGUGCCGCAGCAUUGGAGUGUGCGCAGUCCAUGAAUGUCCAUGGUCCAGCGUACCUCCACAACCAACAAUUGCAAUUGCAGUAUCUACAUCAGGCAGGGAUUGCUGCUUCCCGUCGAAACGGAAGGAGGUCUAAACCCUGGACUUUUCAUGAAGAAAAAGCUUUCGAGGUAGCACUGGCAGGCUGGGCCGGGAGUAAAUCAUACCCGUGGGCCCGAAUUGCGGCGGCCAUACCUGGUAAAACUGUUAACGACGUUCGUAUUCGCUACGAAGAAAUGGUAGGAGAAAUUGCCUCCAUCGAGUCUGGAGCAGGAGCUGCUGUACCUGCAAACCCCACAUUGAAUAGCGUUCCUAGUGGCCCAACAGCUGUGCGGCCUCAUGGUCCAACAUCCACGCUCAGUCAGCGUGCAGUUCCACCUCCACCGAUUGAGGUCCCGCCUAGAAACGUAGGCAAAGAUGAAGCAUCAGGUAGUAGCACGCGAAGCAGAAGAGGUUCUGGCAGCGGGAUCACUAUGCUCAGUCCGACAUUUCUCGACUAUCUGGCGAAAGAAGCUGAAAGUGAAGAGAAGUCGCCACUACCGGCACUGCCGCUACCGUUUCCUGGAUUAACCAACCUGCCGUCUCCUAUAUUUUCACCAACACUGUUGCCAUCAGGAUCUGCUGGUUUCUUCAGUCCUGGCAAUAAAAAGUCGGCAGCUCGUGGUCAACAAGGCAAAAAGCUUUCAAACUCCGGGGACGCCAAGAUGGACGAUAUAGACACAGGACCAACACCUUCAGCGGGUAAAAGCGAGAAUACGCGACGUUCUUCGACUCCGCGUAUAUGGAACGAAUUUCUUGCAGGAGAUUUCAAGUUCGACGAUCCAAUUGACACGCCCCAUAACAGAAGAAAAUCUCCGAAGAAACCACUUGAUAAGGGACCCACAAAUGACGCAGACACUCAACAAGACGUCGAGAUGCCUGAUGCUUCAGCUGCCUGAGAAUACAGAGGUGCGUGCUAGAUAAAAUAAUGAGUUUUAAUUGUAUCGGACAACACUUUUUUUUUUUUUUUUGUGAAAAAGAAUGACAAUUGGUACCUAC